AUGACUGACCGGCCAAGAUUUAUUCUGCCAAUCCUUCAAAUUUGGAUCUAUCUUCUUGUGGCUGACUCAACUUCAAAAUGCUUGAUUAAAGAUGACAAAGCCUUCUGUGCCCUGAGAAACCUGUAUGAGGUGCCAGUUUUGCCUCCCUGUAUAACUUAUUUGGAUCUAACCUUAAAUUACAUCAGUGAAAUCCAUGAGAAAUCCUUCCAUGGUUUGGAAGCACUACAAGUCCUUAUGAUCCAACAGCAGAAUAAUAGACUUGUCUUGAGGAAUAAUGCCUUUAGUGGACUCUCCAAUCUGACAAAACUAGAUCUGGCAUACAACAAGAACCUACAAGUGGAUCCAGGAGCAUUUAAUGGCUUAUUCAACCUUCAGAUACUCAAUCUUACAGAAUGCAGAUUACCUGACUCUAUUCUUUCAGGAGACUAUCUGAGACCUCUGGUCUCUCUGGAGCAGCUUUUACUACCUGGAAAUAAUAUAUAUAAAAUCCGUCCCGCUUCUUUUUUUGUCAACAUGAGCAAAUUGCAUAUUGUAGACAUCUCUCAUAACUGGAUUAAGAGUUUUUGUGAAGAAGAUUUACUCCGUUUUCAAGGUAAACACUUCACUCACCUCAAACUGCGUGACAUCAAAAUGUCUGACAUGUCUCCGUAUUGGUCUGGAUGGAGUAAAUGUGGAAACCCGUUCAAGAACAUGUCUAUGACGGUGCUUGACUUGUCUCUCAAUGGCUUCAGCGUUGACAUGGCAGUGCUGUUCUUUAAAGCAAUCAGAGGAACCAAAGUUCACAAUCUGAUCCUUAAUCAGAGUGGCAGCAUGGGAAAGGGAGUUUGGUACUCCAACCUGAAAGACCCAGACAGGAAUACAUUUAUAGACCUGUCUGAGAGUGGUGUUAAAGCUCUGGACCUGUCCAGUGCCAGCAUUUUUGCUCUUAAAAAUUCGGUAUUCUAUUAUAUGCCAAAUCUGGAGGAAAUCUCAUUAGCUGUUAAUUCAAUCAACCAAAUUGAAAGAGAUGCUUUUUAUGGACUGGACAGUUUAAGAAUGCUCAAUCUGUCUCAUAACCUUUUGGAUAAAAUUGAUUCUGGAACAUUUCAGAAUUUAAAAAGUCUAGAGACACUGGAUUUAUCUAAUAAUAACAUAAGGAUGCUUAUGUCUAAGUCAUUUCAAGGACUGCCCAAUCUAGCUCAGCUCUUUCUCUCUGAAAAUUCAUUACAAUCUGUCCAUACAUUCACCCACCUUCCACAACUCAAAAAGCUCUUCUUAGACAAUAACAAAAUUACAUCGUUGUAUGGUCUUCCAAGCCAAGCAAGAAACAUCACAACUAUUGAUUUGAGAUAUAACAGGUUAAGUAAUGCUGAGAGCUUCUACACGAUAUUAGUAGAAUUCCCCAAUAUUGAACAAAUAUACCUUGGAGGCAACCACUUUUCAUGGUGUUCCGUUAAUGCUAAAUAUUCUGUGUCACCUUUAAACAAUGUCCAAAUUCUUGACCUCCAAAUGACCGGCUUGCAAAAUCUCUGGUCACAAGGACAGUGUCUCGACAUGUUUGACCACCUUCACCAGUUAAAGACACUUUUUCUUCAACAAAACAUGAUAUAUUCUCUUCCUAAAGACAUUUUCAAGGGACUUACCUCAUUAAACACUUUAGACUUAUCCUUCAACUCCGUAAUCUACAUAUCUAACAAUAUAUUUCCUAAAAGUCUGAGGAUACUCAGGCUUGCUCACAAUACUCUUGGUUCUGUUGAUCCACAAGCCUUCAGCACGUUGACCAUAUUAGAGUUAUCUGGAAACCAGUUUCUUUGUAAUUGUAGCCUGAGAGACCUCCAGAGAUGGUUAAAUCGUACAGAUGUGCGAAUGUUUACCCCUGCUCAGGAACUGAUGUGCAAGUUUCCCAAACAGCAGCAAGGAAAACCUUUUCUCCAAGCUGCAUUGUGCAAGGACCAGAAGAAAGAAAGAAAUGUAACAAAGUUUAAAUGUCCUAUCAAAACUAUAAUUCAUCCUGUUCAUUGUGUGACUUUGUGA